AUGGCUUCUCUCUCGGACCUCCUCCUCCACCGCGCCGGCCUCGGCUCUCUCCCUGUCCCCUACCCCCUCACCCACUAUGUCGCAGGGAAGACACCGCUCUCGACGCCCCAAGAGGUCUACCCGAUGCUCGCCGCCUACCUCGUCACCAUCUUCAGCAUCCGGGCGUUCAUGAAGAACAGGUCGCCGCUCAAGCUCCAGUUCCUCUUUCGCGUACACAAUGCGUUCUUGAGCUCUGGCAGUCUUCUCCUCGUCCUCCUCAUCAUGGAAGAGGUCGUUCCCCGCUACCUGAAGCAUGGUACUUUUUGGGUUCUCUGCAAUGACGAUAUGUGGUCCGAGAAACUAGAGUUCUACUACAUGGUCAACUACUACUUCAAGUACAUUGAGCUCAUCGACACCGUGUUCCUCGCUCUCAAGAAGAAGCCUCUCGCAUUCCUCCAUGUCUUCCACCACUCUGCAACUGCGCUUUUAUGCUAUACUCAACUUAACGGGAGGACCAGUGUUCAAUGGGUUCCUAUCGCAAUCAACCUGAUAGUCCACGUUAUCAUGUACUACUACUACUACGCUACCGCCGGUGGUGCCAAGAUCUGGUGGAAGAAAUACUUGACGACUUUCCAGAUUACCCAGUUCAUCAUCGACUUGUUCGUUGUGUACUUUGCCACCUACUCGUACUACGUCUCCAACUACUUCCCCUCCUGGCCAUCAUUCGGCUCUUGCGCGGGAACCGAGACUGCGGCCAUCUUCGGAUGCGUGCUGCUCACCAGCUAUCUCGGGCUCUUCAUCCAGUUCUACAUUCAGACGUACAAGACUGGCAAGAGGCCCGUUAAGGCGAAUGGCGUCGCGAAUGGUCACGGGUAA